AUGUCUGAUAAUGGUAAAAAUUUUGUUGGUGCUAAUCGUGAGUUAAAGGAAAUUUACGAUAUUGCGUUAUCAGGCUCUCAAAGUCAAGCAGUCAAAACUUAUUUACAGAAAAUGGGAAUAAAGUGGAAUUUUAUUCCUCCGUUAUUACCGCACUUCGGGGGUCUAUGGGAGGCAGCAAUGAAGUCCUUCAAAUAUCACCUUGUGCGUACCGUCGGUAACUCAGUUUUAACGUAUGAACAGCUAAAAACGUACGUUGUUGAAUUCAAGGCAAUCCUCAACUCCCGGCCGAUUAGUCCCAUGUCCUCUGAUCCAAAUGACCUCCGUCCCUUAACACCUGGUCAUUUUCUGAUUGGUGGACCAUUAACGAGGUCCCCACAGGAGGAUCUUCGAGAAGUCAAACCAGCCAGAUUGUCCCUCUGGCAACACGCUCAACAGAUGAGGCAACAUUUCUGA